UCCGCCGCCAGCCUCGCCGGCGCUGCCCGGGACCCUGCUCGCUCCUCACCGGCUUCCGGGGCCCCUGCUGCCUCCCCUCCUGCCCUUGGCCCCAAGGCAACUUUGGCCCCCAGCAUCUCCUGGCUCGGAACCUCUUGCAGCCCCUGCCACCCUGUGCCUUCUGCCCCAGGCUUUGCCCAGGAAGAAGGAAGCCCAGAGGAGGUGGCAGCCCCGGCGAGGGCAGCAGACAUGGGCAGCGCCGAGGAGGAUUACAACUUUGUCUUCAAGGUGGUCCUCAUCGGGGAGUCCGGGGUGGGCAAGACCAACCUCCUGUCUCGCUUCACCCGCAACGAGUUCAACCACGACAGCAGAACCACCAUCGGGGUGGAGUUCUCCACCCGCACCCUGCUGCUGGGCGCCGCCGCCGUCAAGGCCCAGAUCUGGGACACGGCCGGGCUGGAGCGCUACAGAGCCAUCACCUCGGCGUACUACCGGGGGGCCGUGGGGGCCUUGGUGGUCUUCGACAUCACCAAGCACCAGACCUACGACGUGGUGGAGCGCUGGCUGAAGGAGCUCUACGACCACGCCGAGGCCAACAUCGUGGUCAUGCUGGUGGGCAACAAGACUGACCUGGCCCAGGCCCGGGAGGUGCCCAUGGAGGAGGCCAAAAUGUUUGCAGACAACAAAGGGCUGCUGUUUGUGGAGACCUCGGCGCUGGACUCCACUAACGUGGAGCAGGCUUUUGAGACCAUCCUGAAGGAGAUCUUCCACAGGGUGCAGCAGCAGAAGCAGAGGAGCAGCCAAAGCCAGACGGUGCCACUCGGCGGUGCCAGCCUGGAGGUCGCGGCCCCGGCGCAGGCAGGGAGGCGUCCUUGCUGCGUGGCCCUCUGAGCUGGGUCACCACCCCUGGCACCUCCCCCCCGGGGACCCUCCCCCAGCCCUGGGACGUGCCAGGGGCGUAGAGCUGAGUCUGUCUCGGGGCCACCGGCACAGGCUGGUGCCACCUGUGGUGCCACCUCCGUCCUGGAGCUCUGGGGACUGGCAGCCUGGAGAGUGGUCAGAGGAGGAGAAGCAGCGGUGGGGGAAGCUCUUCUCUGUCUGCUUUCUGCAUCACCCCCAUCCCACCUCCACCUCCAGCUCCACCUCUCUCAGGGGACUGAGAUACCCCCGAGGAGGUUCUGGCCAGCCAGGGGAACCUCUCUGGUUGCCUCAGGUCGUGGAGUGGCUCUCUUGGUGCCCCCCUGUGCCCCACCCUGGGGAUAUGGCUGUCCCCCACAGCUCUCCAUCCCCACCAGGAGCUGCCCUGAGGCCACCCCAAGCCCUUAAGGAACAAAGUGGCUGCGCUCAGCCCACCUCUGGCUCCAUCCCGACGGGAGGACCCGGUGGAGGUCCCUCCUGUCUGCACAGGGGGGUGGGGUUUGGUGCCAAGCCUGGUGCCAAGAGACCUGGGAGCAGC